GAUUAUAAAAUGUCUAUUCGGUAUGUGGAUGCUAGGCAUGCAGGCGCAAAUCAUGACUCUUUUGUUUUCAAUGUUAGCGAUUUGAAAGUGCAUUUACAGAACAACAUACAGAAUAACACUUGGAUCUUGGGCGACGCUGGCUAUCCUCUGCACAAAUUUUUAAUGACGCCUUAUCGCUUGGCGGAAGCUUCUUCACCCCAAGCACGCUACAAUACAGUACACUCAAAGGCCCGCAAUAUUGUAGAGCGGACAAUUGGUGUACUCAAGAGUAGAUUUCGAUGUCUUUUAUCUGUACGAGGUUUACAUUACACUCCCGAAAAGGCUACGCAAAUUGUGAAUGCUUGUUGCGCAUUGCACAAUAUUUGCCAACACUUUCAAGUGGAAUCUCCGGAAGAAAUACCAUCUACUUCACAUACUACAAUGACCAAUGAUAUUUGGACAUAG